UGUUUCUAAUUAUUUGGCAUCUCAAUAUCAUUGUGAUGAUGUUAAUUUCUGUCCACAACUACUCUUCCAGUAUACAGAACUAUUUAGAGCCAAUAAUUUUGCGGUGAAACCUUGGUUUGUGAUCGAUCUCUCUCCAUGGGAAAAAUCAACCUUGUCGCAUGGGUUUCAAUUGCAGCCUUAUUUCUUGUUAUUGCCUUAUUAUCUGGCCAUUCCUGUAAUGCUAAGGAUGAGGGUAGUAAGUCUACUACUUCUUCCUCCGGCAAUAUCCAUACAAGAAGUUUUCUGGGCGUAUUUGUUCCUAAAGCUAGGGGUAGAGAUAACCAGAAGUGCGUCCCUUCUUCCUGCGGCCACAUCGACAACAUAAGCUACCCUUUUCGGCUAGAACAUGAUCCAAAGCAUUGUGGCGACUCAAGCUACACUUUGGAAUGUAACAACAAUGUCACAAUUCUGCACCUAUAUUCUGGUGAGUACUACGUGAAGGAAAUCAACUACCGUAAUUCCACUAUCCGAGUGGUAGAUCCUGGCCUUGAGAAGAACAACUGUGCUUCCCUUCCUCGUUUUCCUUUGGCCCAAUCUAAUUUCAGUUCUUUGUCAUUUACAUACGGGCCAGUAAGUACACCUCUAACUUUCUUGAAGUGUCAAAAUCCAGUGCAUUCUUCUCUGUAUGUGGAUACUGCUUCAUGUAUCAAAUCCGAAGCAUAUGGUUAUGUCAAGGUAGGCAUUACGACCACAUCGGAUUUGGAAGAUGGGUGCAGUAUAGAUUCGACCACUAUGAUCACUACUUUCGCCAGAACGAAGAGAAAUGUGUCCUAUAAAGAAAUACACAAAGAACUGGUGUAUGGCUUUCAGCUUACUUAUGAGAUGACUUAUAUCUUUGUUGAUUGCCGGAGGCAGGGGCAAUGGAGCUCAGCUCCUGGUCGAUGUUUUCCACACAGCAUCACAGGUUUCUUUCAACUUCUGUGGGAGUUCAUUUACUAUUAUAUCGUACUACCACUCUAUCACUUUGAUCGAUUUUUACUGGAGAUGAUUUCCAUCGUGCCAGUAGUUUUUACGGUCAAAUUUAUACUUGGAGCUCCAUUUGUGAUUGCACUUUUAAUCUACAAGUGGCGAAGAAGACAUUCAUCUACCAACAACUCUAUAGAAGAUUUUCUACAUAGUGACAAUUUCAUGCCUAUAAGGUACACUUACUCCAACAUUAAGAAAAUGUCUAAUGGAUUCAAGGAUAAGUUGGGGGAAGGAGGUUAUGGGUCUGUAUUUAAAGCAAAAUUACGGAGUGGCCGAUUAGGAGCCAUUAAGUUGUUAGGAAAGCCUAAUGCUAAUGGGGAAGAUUUUAUGAGUGAAGUAGCUACUAUUGGAAGGAUUCACCAUAUUAAUGUGGUGCAGCUUGUUGGUUACUGUGUUGAGGGUUCAAAGCGUGCUUUAGUAUAUGAUUUCAUGUCAAAUGGGUCUCUUGAUAAAUGCAUUUACUCUAAAGAAGGAUUCAACACUUUAAGUUGUAAGAAAAUGUAUGAGAUUGCAGUUGGAGUGGCUCACGGUAUUGAAUAUUUGCAUCGAGGUUGUGAAGUGCAAAUACUACAUUUUGAUAUCAAGCCUCACAAUAUUUUACUUGAUGAGAAUUUUAUCCCGAAGAUUUCUGACUUUGGGCUAGCAAAAUUAUAUCCAAGGGAUAAUAGCAUGGUAUCUUCAAUGGCAGCAAGGGGCACAAUGGGAUAUAUUGCUCCUGAGUUGUUCUAUAAAAACAUUGGUGGUGUUUCAUACAAAGCUGAUGUCUACAGUUUUGGAAUGUUGUUAAUGGAAAUGGCAAGUAAAAGGAAAAAUGUAAAUGCAUUAGUGGAGAAUUCAAGCCAAAUUUACUUCCCCUCAUGGGUGUACGAUCAAUAUAAUGAGGGGAAAGACUUCGAGAUUGGAGAUGCUACAACAGAGGAAAAGCAAAUUAUAAAAAAGAUGAUUAUAACUGCAUUGUGGUGCAUUCAAAUGAAACCAAGUGAUCGACCUUCCAUGAAGAGAGCCAUAGCGAUGCUAGAAGGAGAUGUUGAAUGCCUACAAAUGCCUCUAAAGCCAUCUCUAUGCCCAGAACCAAUGACUGUAGGCAAUUUGAUUCCAACAAGUUCAGAUGUGGAGCUAACAUGUAGUUUAUCGGCAAGGUGAUGAUCAGCUACAUUCCAAGAAUUCAACUAUUGAUAUUUCAAUUUUUAUUUUUGUCUUCCUAUUUUUAAUAUUUUCCUUAAAUCAAGCUAGAAACUAUUGAUAUUUCCUAGAAAUACAGAUUACUGAACUAACAAAAAAAAAAAAAUGAAAUGCUAAUGAUGAACUUCUUUGUUUUUUUUUUUGUUUUUGGUCUGAUCUAAUGAUG